UUGAAGGCGCCGCCACGAAAGCAUCUUCCAAGCUCUCGCUCAUCCCAUUUCUCUUCAAAUUCCAAUUUACUGCACCCCAUCUCCCUUGCUCCAAACCACCGGAAAAUCAUGGCCGGACUUACCGCCACCAUCAAGUUCCUUUGUAGUUACGGUGGCAAAAUCCUCCCCCGCUACCCUGACGGCAAGCUCCGUUAUCAGGGCGGCCAAACUCGCGUCCUAGCCGUCGAUCGUUCCAUCACCUUUUCCGAGUUGUCGUUGAAGCUCCGGGAGAUGUGCAGUACGGCGGUGUGUUUACGGUGCCAGUUGCCGGCGGAGGAUCUGGACGCUCUGGUGUCGAUCACCUCCGAUGAGGAUCUAGCGAAUCUCAUCGAGGAAUAUGAUCGCGUAGCAUCACCACCGUCCUCUCUAAAGAUCAGAGCCUUCCUUUCGCUGCCAAAAUCCGCCAACAAAUCUACAUCACCACCUCCGUCAUCAGUUUCGUCCUCAAAGUCAUCAUCCUCUUCUCCGAGACUGUCCUGCAUCCGCCAGAUCUCGGCUCCAGUGGCUUUCCCUCUCUAUAUUGGGAAAUCGGCGGGGAAGGCUCCUCACUAUGGCUACCACCUGCAUCACGGAAGCCCGAGCCACAUCUACCUCAUCCACAACGGGAACUACUGGCAAUAACAACGGAGUCAGAAGAUCGGUGUUCAGCCAUGGUUCUACUCUGAAUUUCAGAACAUGAGUUAAAAGAAUAUUACCUAUACCAAGGAGAAGGACUAAAUUGAAAAAGGAAAAAAAAAUUAAGUAAUAUGUUGUAACUUUAAAUCGUUAAGGACUGCUUUUGAUGCGUGGCCAUUAAUGAAUGAUGAUGUGAGUCCAGAUGCAUUCUGGAUAUCGAAAUACCAAAUUUGUGAUGGUGAGUUAGUUUGUUCAUCCUUUCUGUUUCGGAUGUUUGUGUGUUGUGU